AUGUACUUAGAUAUUUUCCUCAGUCUUAAUAUUACUUGUCUUCUCGCAGUUAUAUCCUUCUUCCCCUUAUUACUCUGCCCCUAUCAAAAUAUCCUCCUUCGCCCCUCAGCAUUAUCCUCCGCCUUUCCCGCCCCUACCAACAUUCCCCUGCUCCUAUCCACCCUCCGCAUCACUCCCCCCCUUCUCCACUCCGCUCCUAGUCGGCUCACCGCUAACAGCUCUUACUCCCCAACCCUCAAAGCGGACCGAAGCGGACCACUUGUCAACGGCCCCAGAGUGCCAGGAGGUUCAGUCAGCUCUGUCAGGUCGGGAGGCCCCGGCGGCUCAGGCGGCCCCCUGUCAGACGAUGAAGGAGGAGAACCAGACAACGAACCCUCAGGGGGUCCCGCUGACAGAUUCCCGGUCAAUGAUCCCCGCAACCUUAUUUUUCUCCACCUUUCACAGGCAAUAGACAACCUCACCCACAGCUCUCAGCGCUGCUUCACCCCCGAGGAAUCAAAAUCCAGGGUCCGCGAGCCCAACACAUUUGACGGCUCCGAUCCUCGCAAGCUCCGCACCUUAGAGCCCCCCGCAUCAAAGAUGAAAUCAAUAAUUGACGCGCACUAUUGGGAACGGAAGGGGGAAGUCUCCCGUGAAACCAAGACCCCCGCACCACCCCCUACGAAAGAAUCUGCGCCCUCCUCCAACCGACCUCCCAAACCCUCCUACUCCGCCCCGUCCGCAUCUAAACUGGCUGCCCCCUCUAGCUCGACCCCGCCCGACCUAACCGCCAAAUUUGGGAAGGACGGAAGAUUAACAGCGGAGGAACGCCAGAGGCGAUUGGACGGUAAGUUCUGCCUAUUCUGUGGCGGGCCAGGUCAUACCACCAGGGACUGUAACAAGUCCUCCUCUCGUGCAGCAAAGGCCCGCGCUGCAACUAUUUCCCCCGAACCUAAGCAGGAGGUUCCUACCGAGUCCGACAAGUAG